AUGCGCCAUUUCACACGACACCGAACCAGCUCCAAGCACCAACAUGAUGACUAUUGGAAGCUCCAGUCAUAUAGCAGGAUGACUGCUCAGCAGAUGAGGGAGUUACUACAUGUUCGGCACUAUGCGGUCGGCAAGAGCGAUGGCAAGGACAAGCUCGAAGAAGCCCUACUUCGCUCCGAUUGUGGCAUGCUGUCCUAUGCUGACAAGAGCGAUGACAAUCUGCGAGCCCUCAUCAAGAGUCGCGGGGUCGAUGCUAGCCAAGUAAUCUACGGCAGUAAGGUCGGGUCGCGUGGUGAUCUGCUCUCUUUGCUGAAGGAUGCCGACAUGAACCCACGGUUCGAGAGAUUCUCAGAUUUGCCGCCUGAGCUGCGGAACAAGCCGCUGUACUCGCCAACAGAACCUCCGAUCGCUCGAGUCAAUCGCGCCAUUAGGAAGGACACCAUUCAGAUGUUCUAUCACAGUUGCACCUUCAAUCUGGUUCUAAAGUUGCCGAAGACGGGGAACAAUUUUCACGGCCUUCGCUCUCUUGAAGCCGAUGCUCAAACCCUGACGAUUCCAAGUCAAAUGCGUCUCUUCAUGAGUAGUAUUUCUGCGAAACAUCUGGCCUGUAUUCGCCGACUGAAUAUUCAGGUGGUACCAUACCACGAAAAAGAGUCUGCCUUCCAAGAUGCAGCGAAUAUGGCGCUGUCGAUCGAGAUUGCUGAACAGGGCUUGACGUUUGCCAUCGAACCGAAGCAGCUCUCCAGCAUACUGAAGCACCAUGGGACUACGCGGGGUCGUGGUAUGUUCCUGACUGUGCUAUCAGAUGUAGCGGCGCUGAGGCGACAGCACCUGGUGAGGAUUCUAGUGCAGAAGAUCGUGCGAAACAUCGUAGCGCGAGACGGCAAGGCGAGGCUGAAGUUGGACGAUCUCUACAAGCAUUCACUAACAAGCUCUAGCGACGAGUCGAAUGUCACCCUGCCACAACUGAGAGCCAAGCUUAGAACUGGCGGGUACAUGGUACCAGCUAGCUCGACAAAGGCGCAAGUCCGCGAGCUCAAAGGGCGCAUGGACCGCGACCUGCUGGAUUAUGCUCGAUGCUCAGAAAACGAACUCUACAAGUUCGCUUCCGAGCGCAACCUCAUCACACCAAAUCAAAAGGACGCAAAGGGCCUUUCCGUUCAGGCUCUCCGCCAGAUCCUCAAGGCGGCGGACGACAAUCGGUCUUUCCACAUGUUCCUCGCUCUUCCAACCGCGAUCCGCAUGACGGUGUAUGAUCACUACAUGGCAGAAUUCCCUCUUGUUCUGGAGCACCCGACCCAGCCACCCCUUACGCGAACCAUCAAAUCAAUCCGCAACGAGGCCAUGCCGACCUUCCACAAGGCGAGCAAGUUUAAGCUCACCUUCACCACCCUUCGUGCGCCGUACUCCGGCCACCAGACUCUCGCGUUCUACCCCCACCAUCCUUCAUCGCACGCAUACUUCAAUGGUCUGUCCGAGCAGAGUGUUGGCGAGAUCCAGAAUUGGAUCUUGGAGUGGACCACGACUCCCGUCUAUCAAUGCCAUAUUCACUUUACUGGCAAGAAGGCGCAGACCCAGGUUUGGUAUGAGGGUGGGGGAAACGUUGACGACAACACGAAGCAAGCAAUCGUGGACGCGGUGAAAGAAGUCCUUGAUGCCGUGGCCGACGCAGUCCCACAGCGGAAGCUCAAGCAUACUGACAUCAUGGCGAUGAGGAGGAAGUGGGAGGCCAUUGCGUUCAGCGACGACAACGGGAACUGA